CAUGCGUACUGUUUGAGAGGAGAUUAGGUAUGGAAGAAGGGACUGAUCGUGGGAUUCUCCUCUCUUGUGCGAUUUGUGGAACUCUCCUCUCCGUUUUGGGGUUCUCUUCCUUCUCCAUACUUUGGGUUGUUAACUGGAGACCCUGGCGAAUUUAUAGCUGGAUCUUUGCUCGGAAGUGGCCAAAUAUCUUGCAAGGUCCUGAACUCCAUUUACUCUGUGGUUUUCUGAAUCUUUCAGCAUGGUCUGUUGUAGUUUCUCCAAUUAUCGUGCUUAUCAUUUGGGGAUCCUGGUUGGUUGUAAUACUGGAUCGACACCUGAUUGGUUUGGCUGUAAUUAUGGCCGGAACGGCUCUCUUAUUGGCAUUUUAUUCAAUUAUGCUGUGGUGGAGAACCCAGUGGCAAAGUUCAAGCGCUGUUGCAAAUCUGCUUCUUCUGGCUGUUGCUCUCCUUUGUGCAUAUGAGCUUUGUGCAGUAUAUGUUACAACGGGAUCACGGGCAUCUGACCGAUAUUCUCCUUCUGGUUUCUUUUUUGGAGUUUCAGCAGUUGCUUUAGCAAUCAACAUGCUAUUUAUUUGCAUAAUGGUAUUUAAUGGAAAUGGCCUAGAAGUGGAUGAAUAUGUGCGAAAGGCUUACAAAUUUGCUUAUUCUGAGGGUGUUGAGGUGGGUCAUGUGGCAUGUUUACCCGAACCACCAGACCCAAAUGAACUAUAUCCUCGGCAAUCUAGAAGAGCUUCCCAUCUUGUUCUUCUCUAUCUUGGCUCAUUAUCUGUUCUGUUAGUUUACUCCAUCUUGUAUGGUCUGACGGCAAAGGAGGAAAAUUGGCUGGGUGCAAUCACAUCUGUUGCUGUCAUUAUUCUUGACUGGAAUAUGGGAGCUUGCAUGUAUGGUUUUCAACUUCUUAAUAGUCGUGUUGCCGUAUUGUUCAUUGCUGGAACAUCACGGGUGUUUCUUAUUUGUUUUGGAGUGCAAUACUGGUAUUUGGGGCACUGUAUCAGUUAUGCUGUUAUGGCUUCUGUACUUUUAGGAGCUGCUGUUUCUCGCCAUUUAUCGGUUACAAAUCCAUUAGCUGCAAGGAGAGAUGCCUUACAAAGCACCUCAAGUUCAUUCCUCUUGUUGUAG